UGUGAAGCUAUGCGGGAUCAAUGUCGCCACUAACCCAGUUUGGGUCAAACUAUGCGUUUUUCUCUUCGGAAAGUGCUAAAAGCCACCAUAAUUCUGGGACUUGUACUUGUUUUUAAUGUAGUUCUGGUUCUUUAUCGUGAUGGGGAAAAGUACACGCACAGACGUGUUUUUGGUGACAGUUUCGGAGCAUACGAAAAGAGGUAUGGCGUCAACAAAGAUAGACCUGUUGAUAUCAAUAUGGGUGCAAAACCUCUUUCCGUGCAGGACUUUCACAGAGUACAGAGAAGUGCCAAAUCGAUGCCAGACGAACACCACAGGCUCGUGGUCGCUAAGAUAACGCACAGAAAUGGAUUCGGUUCACAAGCGACGAAAAAGUUUAAAACAUUGAAUAAACAUAAUAAAGAAACUGAAUUGAGUGACGUGUUUAUAAGUGUGAAAACUACGAACAAAUUCCACCAGUCCCGAGUUAGGUUAUUGCUCAAAACUUGGUUUAUUCUGGCCAGAGAAGUGACUUAUUUUUUCAGUGAUUCGGAUGACCCCGAUCUCAAUAAAUUAUUAGGAGGUCACCUGAUAAACACAAACUGCUCAUCUGUACAUAACAGACAAGCCUUGUGCUGUAAGAUGGCCAUUGAGUAUGACUCUUUCAUUGAGUCAAACAAAAGGUGGUUCUGCCACAUGGAUGAUGAUACCUACGUGAACGUCCCAAAGCUGUUGACGAUGCUGCGAGGCUACAACCACCGGGAGGACUGGUACCUCGGCAAGCCUUCGCUCAAACACCCCAUCGAGAUCAUGGACAGGGACAAACCAGGGCAAAAACUUGCAUUCUGGUUUGCUACCGGUGGAGCAGGAUUCUGUAUCAGCAGAAGUUUGGCCCUGAAAAUGAUGCCCUAUGCCAGUGGAGGUCGUUUGAUGACGAUGGGAGAGAAAAUCCGACUUCCUGAUGACUGUACAAUUGGUUACAUUAUAGAUUACAUUCUGAAGAAACCGCUGACAGUUGUUGAUGGUUUCCACUCUCAUCUGGAAGCUCUGUGGCUGAUCCACCCAAAUAACCUUCAACAUCAGAUAACGUUCAGCUAUUCUCGGUAUGGUGACAAGAUGAACACAGUCAACGUUCCAGGCUUCACGGAACUAGAAGAUCCUUCGCGGAUAAAAUCAAUUCAUUGUUUCUUGUUUCCAACCUUUAGAGAGUGCAAGAAAAUUAAAUUACAAACUCUGGCGACCUUCAUUUCAGCAGCAAAUCAUUUUCAACCAGUUGAAACGUGAAUAGUUUCAUAGAACUUAAAAAAACCCAACAUACACUGCCUGAUUUAUUGUAGAAGAAAAAUUCAUGCAAAAUGGAACUUUACAGACAGCACUCAUGAAACACAGAAGUGGAAGUGUAAUAGCUGCCAUCAAAUAAUCUGAUGAUUUUCCAAGACAAUGUUAAUAAAACUACCAAUAUGUCUCAUACCACAUCUCAUUAUUGGUACUUUGUAUAUGCCUCUGGGACGAUGUUUAACUCCAAUGUAGAAUCUAGAUUCUAAGUUUAGCCUACCACACACAAGAGCUGCUAUCAGCUAUGCAAUUUGGUCGCAAUGAUGAGCUAAGUGCGUAGCUACAGGUAGUUUGCUUAUGACUGUCAGAAUGACACCACUGUUGACACAGAAUUUUUCCAUUGGUCACUUGGUAAGCUUAGCGGAUAGCUCACAUAGCCUACACACAAUGACAUUUUUGCCAUGCUUGACCAGAAAGAUUAAACACAAUAAAUAUUUUCCUCACUAUUAUGAAAGGCUAAAAAAAAAUCAGAAAAAUGUCUCAAGUAACUUUUGAUUAGCUGAUAGCUCUUCUGUGUGGUAGGCUUUAAGGCGCACAAUUUGUAUGGCAUUAAAAAUACCGAAUCAGUGUUCUGGGGUCUGUGCUUCUAAAACGUCUUAAGGUUUAGACGUGAGACUACAAGUCUCCAGAAGCCUGAAUCCAUGGUUAGGUUAUUUUAGGAGUUGCCUUAGCGUUACAAUUGGCCGUAAUGUAACAUAAUAUGAUAUACAUCCCACAGCAUACAGCUGACAACGUAGUCAUUAUCACAGGAUAAAUAGUCCGAUUCAUGAAAAAGAAUGAUGGGUUAACUUUCUAGUCGUUUUACCUUUCCAAAUACCUAGAUCUUCCUUGAUAAACAUUGUAUGAUGUCUGUUUCUUCCAAAUGUUUACAUGUAUUGCUAACAGUGAUUUAUUCCAUAGUUUAUGACUUAAAACAAAAGUUGUACAGUGAUUAUUAUAACGUGCAUGUAGGCCUAUAAAUGUAAAAGAAGAUUUUAUUUGUUAAUAUUUGUUAUAUAUUCUAUAUUUUGUUGUUGAACACACGAAUGUGUAAAUGUUUUCUCAAGUUUCUAAUUCUGAUCAUUCCUAAGCCAUAAAGUUUGUUCAUCUUGGAGUUUUAUGGAUACAACUAGCCUUAAAAUGAGUUGGGUUUUUUAUAACCUGGCUUCCCUGUUUAGUCAUUGUUUUCUUAAUUUUAUUUUCUUCCAUAUUUUUGGACAAUAAAAUAGUAUAUGCAGCUCAGGAUACAC